CUUUUGUCUUAUUGUCAAAGGCUUUUAUACUAAUUUUAAUUGCAACCUUCUAUUGCCUAUAUUUGAAUCACCCAAAAAUGAUCGACUGAUAUUUGGCCCACCAAAGUGUUCAAAGUUUAAAUGGAAAAUCCAAAAUAUAUACCUUCAACCUCAACCUCAUCCAAAUACACUAUUAAGACUUCAAACACACAUUUUAAAUUGCCUAUAACCAUUAAUUCCAUUCGAUUAAUUACCUACGAAUGAAUGGCAAAGACAACCUUCACACACCCAGUACCGCAACAUAAGCACGUUCAAGCUUCGCAUAUGGAAAAUGGAAUCUUCUGACCGUUUUUGGAAUACGUCAAAGACAAUUCGUUUGAUAUAAAAUGUGUUGUCCAACAAGUUGUCAUUAUCAGUUGAUUAACAUCAGCCCUCAACAACAAACAUCAUCGUCUUCUAUCGAAAUGGCAAGUCUUUUCAAAACUGUUUUGGUGGUUUUAGCUGCUACAGCUGUUAUGGCAGAACCAGUGAGGUUCCGGGGAAAUUCUCGUGGCAGUCGAUUCUUUGCCCGUCAAGAAGUGGCGCCAAGUUCUUCACCAGCACCAGCUGCAGGAGAUGCGCCUUAUCCAGCUGCUGGAGUGACACCUUCGAUUCCAUUCGAACUACCAAAUGAACCAACAACGGUUCAGCCUGAUAAUACAUAUCUUCCACCUGCACCAGUUCCUACACCUGACAACACCUAUGGGCCACCUCAAGAUACUUAUGGCCCACCUGCACCACCAAAGCCAGACAAUCAAUAUGGACCACCAGAGGCACCAGCUCAACCAGAUAACCAAUAUGGCCCACCAGCAGUAGCCGUGGCAGAAUCUGUAGCUGGUGGUGAAGAACAAACCUUGGUAGAUCCCCGCAGUCAGAGAAUCAUUGUUCGUCAAAGAAACCAAAAGUCUCAGCUGAGGCAACAAAGGUUUAGGUCCGAGCCAUUGAGGGCAGCUAGAAUUCAAUUAGAACCAGUUGAGAUCAUCAGGUCCCGACCAGUCAUCCAUUACUCUGUGCAAUAUAAGAGUUUUUAG